AUGGGGAGUGCCUCGUGGCGGCGCAGCUUCGAAGCGCUGCAGCGAAAACUGCAGACGGAAGUUGAUGAAGAUGCGGAGGCGGAAGAGGAUGCCAAGAUCGAUGAAGUUCCUGAAAAAUGCAGAAAAGCUCCUGAAACUGAGGAAAACCCGAAGGUUCCGAAGCAUGAAGCUGAGAAGGCCCAACAGAUUCCAGAAAGCAAGGCACCAAAAGGAAAGAAAAAAAAGGAAACUGAGGAGAUAGAGAAGAUUGCCAAGAAGAUUCCCAUGGCUGCAGAAAAGCGGCAAACAGCCAAGGGGCAAGGUGGAGGGAGGGGCAAAACUCGCAAAACUCAGAAGCGAAAUAAAAAAACUACAAAGGGGUCCAGAACAGUAAGAAAGGACAAGAAUAAGGAGAAGGAUGAAAAAAUGACGAAGGGGUCCACAGAAGUAAAGAAGGACAAGUUGGACACGAAGGAGAAACCCACUGAUGAGUACUCUGAGGCGUACCUGAGGCACCUGAGGUGCCUGGAAAGGCUGGAAGAAAUAGAAGAAUUCAAAGCUAGACGGCGCCGAGAAAUCAAAGAAGAGAGGAGAAGAAAGAGAGAGGCGGAAGAAGCUGCCGAAGCUGCCGAAACAGAACAAGAUAGGAGAUCCGUCCCUGUCUCCGCCCGCAGUCGCAUCGCCACGGCCGGGAAGGUUUCGGCAUUGACCAAGGUCUAUGAGCCAACAAGUGACAGCGACAGUGAUAGCGAUGCUGAAAACGAACACCACGUGCAACAGUUGAGGGUACCCCCCUUGCCGUUGCUGCUGGACGGAAAGUGCGGCUUACCUGCCAAGCCCUGCCCGGCACGUCCAACUUUGAAUUGUGUACACGAGGACUCGAUGCUGUCCAGCGAUCUCCUGAGUUCUAGUGAGGAUGAUGAGGAACUGCUGGUGGAAUGCGAUGAAGUGGAAGCCAUGAUCUCGCAUCGAUCUGCCCUGGUGCCGCUCUCCUUUCGCAGCGUCUUGCAGUCGGAGGCACCGACGCAGAUUUCCCUGGAUUUAUCGGUGAUGUCCAAAGCCAACCGUUGCGCCAGUGCAAGUGGUUUAGGCGCCAUGGCUGGUGGAGCUGGUGGAGCCUUUGUGGGGCUCCUCUCAGGGAUCAUCCCGGCUCCGUUGACCUUCGGUUUGUCCGUACCCAUCAAUGCGGGCAUCGGCAGCAUUGGCGGCAUGAUCAUGGGAACCGCCGGAGGGCUGAUUUGCCAAAGCAUGGACGUGGUGGAGAUUGAGGCCGUGACGGGCGCGCAGCUGACACAGCGCGGCCAUCUGGACACGCAGCGCACCUGCGCCAGUAGCGCGCGGAGUUCGCCAGGCGUGCUGCUGAAGAUUGGUGCUGCUGAUCCUCAGCAGGUGUAAAUUUUGGCGUACCGGAGUGGGCCUGAUCUAGGU